AUGGAGCCUAAGUUAUGUGUCAUCUUGGCGUCAACCGAUCGAGAAUGUCUGUUGGCUGUAAUAAAAUCGUCAGAGGAGAGGCGAGGGAAACAGUCAAUGUGGUCUAGUUGUUCCGAUUCAGACCAUCCAGAUCCAACUGCAGUUGACAGCUGUGGCAGCACUGUUGAGACAUUGGACACAACAAAGUAUAACAUAGUUUUGUACAAAAAAGAGAAAAGGAAAAGUAAAAGGUUAAAGCAACAAAUAAAAGGGGCUGGAAAGGGAGGAUGA